AUGGGCAAAUAUCCUCGAGGUCUCAUGAUCACAGGAUUUGAGCCAGUCGCACUGGAUCGAUCGUUAGACACGGACUCGAACUUGCGAUCCGCGGACGACAGAAACCUAAAGAAUUGCAAAUGCUCUGAGCUCACUUCACUGUCCCUCACUGUCCCAAUGGGAUUCAAUUGGGAUCGUGAUGAUCAUAGCGAUGCCACCGUUCCGCUAUUCAACAAAGUUAGUCAAAGGUUGGCAGAGCAUCGAGACUACCAGAGGGGAUUGCAAUUUCGACCUCACCCGGAUCUCAUCAGCGUCCCCCUGCAGGACUCGAACCUGUUACGUGGUAGUGCAGCGAAUAGUCUUGAUAUGUUAACCACUAAGCAACAUUUCCACGGGUCCUCUUGGGCUACGGGGCGAUCUGCGUCCGCAGUUGGGACGGAAGAGUCCCUGAGCUGUAUCAUUUCUGCGAGUCCGCAAGCAAACAUAGUCGAAUUCAGCUCCUGUUCGGCCCAAAGCCUCCUUGGUCCAAAAUACUCGGAACAAGUCCACAUUUUUCUCCUGUUUCUCCCUUCCUCCCCUCUCUCCAUCUCUCCUUUGCCCGCUCAUCUCUGCACUUCCAGCUCUCUCUCUCUCGCGCGCGCGAGCGCCCUAUCGCGUGCUCGCUUCUGCUCCCUUCACUUGGUCACUUGGACACUUGGACACUUGGCCGGCUAA